UUGGUGCCUUGAGUCCCUUGAGCUGCUUUGGACUUAUUUAGGACCCUUUCCAUGAGCCUAUUACUCCCCCCCCCCCUCAGUGGCGGCACGUGUUGAUAUUUUGUGUUAAAGUUAUGUUUCCUUUGUCUCGAGAAGAUUCUUCAAAGUAACGUAGACACAGGAAAAAGCAACUGUCUAAACCUAGACAGAGCCUAAACAUUUCACAGAAGUUCGGUUGUGAUACCGAGCCUCGCGAUGCAUCCGCUGUUCUGUGGGGGCGCCUCAGUCUCGCAGUUGGUAGGUGGCGCUGUUGGAGGUCUCAGUACCGAGUGGAGCCGCAGAUCAAUGGCUCUCUGAUAGUUAUGUUCAGCACGCGUUGAUACUGGCCGAUUUGUCGUCAUGAUGUCCUCGGACACCUGCUCCGACUCGGAGAGUGACGAGAAGAUCGAGCUGCGACUGCGGCUGAGUCGCUCGGGGCCGCUGAACUCGGGCGCUUCGCUCGAUUCGCUGGUGGCCGGCCGCCAGACUCCCGGCUACCACCCGUCAGCGCUGCUGCCGGCGCUCACGGACCAGCAGCGCACCUUCCUGGCGCUGGUCGAGGACGGCGACACGGACGCCGUCCAACACUUCCUGGCGUCGGCGCCCGGUCUGGACAUCAACUGCGCCGCCUUCUCGGGCGUGACGGCGCUGCACACAGCCGUGGAGCGUGGCGACACGGCCAUGGUGGCGCUGCUGGCGCGCCGGCCCGAGCUGCGCGUGGCCGACUGCGUGCUGCACGCGGUGGCCGGCGGCGACACGGAGCUGACCCAGCUGCUGCUGGAGCGGCUGCCUGCCGGCCGCGAGGCACGCGGCUACCUGGACAGCGCCGCCUUCACCCCGGACAUCACACCGCUGCUGCUGGCCGCGCACAAUGACGACUACGAGAUGGUGCAGCUGCUGAUGGCGCGCGGCCACCGGCUGCAGCCGCCGCACCCGCCGCACUGCCUCUGCGCCGCCGUCUGCUUCAGCAAGCUGGACGGCGAGGACCUGGCGCACUCGCUGAAGCGGCUGCACACGUACCGGGCGAUGGCGGCGCCGGCCUACAUCUGUCACACUGCCGCCGACCCGGUGCUCACCUGUUUCACGCUCUCUGAGGAGCUGCGCGAGUGUGCCGCCAGCGAGGCCGAGUUCCGCACCGAGUACACCGAGCUGUCGUCGCAGGUGCGCCAGUUUGCGGUGCGCCUGCUCGACUACUGCCGCACCACAGAGGAGGUGGAGCUGGUGGUCACCCAGCGGGCCGGCUGCUACGAGGGCUCACGGCCCUUCAAGUACCCCCGCAUCCUGAUGGCGGCCGACCUGGGCCAGAAGGAGUUCGUGGCGCACCCCAAGAUUCAGCAGGUGUUUACCAAUCAGUGGCUGGGCAGGCGGCAGCGCUGGCGACAGUACUCGCUCUGCAAGAAGUCGGCCAUCUUUAUGUUCCAGCUGCUGCUGCUGCCCGUCACGUCGCUGUUCUUCAUCCUGGCGCCGAGGUCCAAACUCAACACGUACUGGGACUCGCCCAUCAACAAGUGGCUCAACUGGAUGGCAUCAUAUGUGAUAUUUCUGCUGUUGAUCAUUAUCUCUGAGAUUCUGGACGAGAUCAAUCAGGUGCGCGGCCCUCCGGACUCGCCGCUUAAGUACGUGCUCAUUCUGUGGGUAGUGAGCAUCACCUACUCGCACGCGCGCCAGUGCUGGCGCAAGGGCUUCCAGCGCUUCCUCGCCAGCUCGUGGCACUGGUACGACACCAUCACGCUGUGCUUCUUUUACCUGGCGUUCGUCUGCUGGGCCGUGUCGGCGUACGACGUGCGACACUACGACAACGUGCACCUGGAGCGCAAGUUCUGGCACCAGUACGACCCGACGCUGGUCGGCGAGAGCUUCUCGGCCGUGGCCAACAUCCUGGCCUUCAUCAAGCUGUUGUACGUGUUCCAGCUGAGCGCCACGCUCGGACCGCUGCAGAUCUCGCUGGGCAAGAUGAUCAGCGACGUUGGACAGUUCCUGGUGCUGUUCGCCGCCGUGGUUGUGUCAUUCUCGUCUGGUAUGAACAGAUUGUUUGAUUACUACAAGGGCAUGGUGCGGAAGCUGGGGAACGGCGACGAGGCGGUGCAGAUGCACUCGUUUGUGAACCUGCGCUCGGCGUUCCGCACCCUGUUCUGGACGCUGUUCGGACUGUAUGAUCUGGAGUCGGUGACGGUAGUGAUUGAGAACCUCCCGGGCGGCAGCGCGGCGCUGCCGGUCAUCAACUGCCACGGCUUCACCGAGGCCAUCGGAUACAUCCUGUUCGCCGCCUUCCACGUGCUCUGCGGCAUGAUCAUCAUGAACAUGCUGAUCGCCGUGAUGACGUGCACGUUUCACGAGGUGCACGCGUCGGCCGACACCGAGUGGAAGUUCGCGCGCACACACGUCUGGAUCACGUUCAUCCUGGAGCCGGCCAUGCCGCCGCCCUUCAACCUCAUCCCGAGCGUGGUGAGCGUGUGGCGCUGCUUCAGCUGGCUGGGGCACGCGAUGCUGCGCACGGCCGGCCACACGGCGCGCUGCGACUCGCGCCGCUGCUGCUACCAGGAGGAGGAACUGGCGCCCGCCGACACAGCCGCCCAGUACCGGCUGCUGGUGGCCGCGCUGGCGCAGCGCUACUUCCGCGACCGGGCCGAGCAGGGCGCCGGAGAGCCCGCCACCGUGGCGGAGGUCGGCGGCAUCCUGGCCGACGUGCAGGCGCUGAAGUCAGAAGUCAGGGACCAGGCCUGGGGCAGGGCGCGCUCCCCGGCGGAGAGAGCCGCAGCCGCCUCCGUGGCGUCCUGAUGAACCGGGCGACACUCGGGAGACGUGUGCGAGUGGAGUUGAUCGCUGUUUGGUCCUGGAGUGGACUUGUGAGAGGUUGUUCACGGUGUCUCUAGGUAUGUGCGUGAAGUUUGCCUAAGGUAUCGCUCACAUUCAGCCAAACUGUCAAUUUCAAAACCGUGCGUAACGUCACUCCGCAAUGGAUGGGAUCGGAAGGUGCCAGACUUGCUGUUUUUUCGGUGGUGGAAUCUGGUGCAUGUAAAUAAGAGGAAUAUGUGUGUCUGUGUUAUUGAAUCAACUUUUGAUUUGGUGUCCGAGAUAAAAGGAAGGAU